AUGCCCUCAUCUCGCGGCCCCGGUCGCAGCCGCAAUAGGGCCGGAGUUGUGCCCACUGCCUGUACUAAAGGCGUCUUCAAGACGAAGAGCUGUACUAAACCACGCACGUUCGAUGAGUACUACAGCGACAUCUACGGUGAGCGUUGGCCCACCCUUCGCGCUGCCAUGAUGGAGGGGCCGCGUAAGGUGGCGCUGUGGAACCGCUUCUCCCAGGUCCCCUUCGAGGAGGCGACACGAGGGCUGUCACGGGUAGACCCCAACUCCCUCAUUCAAGCCUUUCAGCCCCCCCAGAAGACCAACUCGGCAGAAGCCUCCAGCAUGGCAGAUCGCGGCAUCCAUGUUAACAAUGAAGAGACGUUGCGGGAGGAGGAGGUUCUAGCCGCAGCAUCUAGCGACCCGCUACACCAGAACGGUAUAAUCGCCAAGCCCCCAAUCGACGCCUUUGGCAUCAAGGCGUACUACCUGCUUGACUACGCCUCGGCACACGUAGUGGAGCAGCUGCAGGUCGGUGCAUUCGACACCGUGCUAGACAUGUGCGCUGCACCUGGUGGAAAGUCCAUCGCCAUUGCGCAGUUUCUCUCACCCGACGGAGCGCUCACGUGCAAUGAGACCCGCGCCGACCGUUGUGCACGGCUCCGUCGGAAUUUGCAGGAGCACGUGCCGGUAAACUACGUCCCGUGGCGAACGACGCAGCGCGAUGCGCAGACGUGGUACGACCCGCAGACAUUCUCACGCGUUCUCGUCGAUGCCCCGUGCUCCUCGGAGCGGCACCUGCUUCAGCAGUCGGGCGGCUUGCCUCUGUCCUGUCGGGAGUGGUCUGAGGAGACGACCGUCCAGCUCGCUGCUCUUCAGCGAGUACUGCUGCAACGCGCUAUUGAAACGUGCUGCGUUGGUGGCCGCAUUGUGUACAGCACGUGCUCUAUCUCACCCUUGGAGAACGAUGGCGUUGUGGGUGAGGCACUGCAGCGGACCCGGUGCAAGGUCAGGAUAGUCAAGACUUCGUCGUCUGUUACUGCUGCUGCGGAAUCCUCUGUUACGCCAUCAACGACUGCAAACGGCGCUGGCGAAUCAGAUGCGUCCUGCGCAGGGGCGUGUGUCUCGCCCACGCCAACUGUGCUCGGCGAGGCGACGGCGUAUGGCCGCCUGCUGCUGCCCGACACCUGCCAUGGCUGGGGCCCAAUGUUCUUCUGUGUCCUGGAGAAAAUGGCGGAGCACAAGUGCAUGGCCUCCACCUCGUCUGAGGACGAGGACGCCGCCGCCGUCGACGACUAG